AAUAAUAGUGAAGUUCGUGCGUUAGCCUCAACGAUGGCUCUUCGGUCUGUUAUGGCUUCUAAAAUACCAAUGGUGAUAAUUCUAGGUGCUACAGGGACUGGAAAGACAAAGUUAAGUGUUGAGCUGGCCCAGAGAUUCCAGACGGAGAUCAUUAGCGCGGAUUCUAUGCAGGUAUACAAGGGCCUGGACGUGGUGACAGCGAAGGCAACACCCGCCGAGAGGGCGUUAGCCCCUCACCACCUGCUAGACAUCCUGGAGCCCCACCAGAACUUCACCGUGGUGGACUUUAGGAAUCGUGCGUUGAAGAUUAUACAAGAGCUAACAGAAAAAGAGAACAUCCCAAUAGUCGUUGGUGGAACAAAUUAUUACAUGGAAUCUAUUAUCUACAACAUCCUAGUAGAAGAAGAGACAGAUUCUGAAGAGCUCCUAUGGAAUAGAAGCACAAUAAAAAGAGAUAUUGACGAUGCAGGUCCUAGUGCUGAUGAACCGAAUGCAAAACGUCCAGCAAAAGAUGUAAAUAAUGAAGAAACAACGGUAGAAUCAAAUAACGAUGAUAGUCAAACUAAACCACAGAUUGAGAUCACUGAUGAAAUAGAUAAAGAAAAAGUGAAAUAUGAAGUAGAUAAUGAAAGGCUGUUAACGAAUGAAGAUAUACAUUUAAGAUUGAUGAGCAUAGACCCGGUUAUGGCGGAAAGGUUGCAUCCGAAUAACAGGCGCAAGAUGCUAAGGUCCAUUGAGGUGUGGCUUAAAACCGGGCGACGUCACAGCGACAUCCUAGAAGAACAGAAGCAACGCGAAGGCUGUCUCCGGCGACCCGGCGCCACUAUCGUGCUGUGGCUCAAGUGUGAACAAAAAGUCCAUGACGAGCGUUUGGACAAGCGCGUAGACGGCAUGUUGGAGCAGGGGCUCAUCGACGAGUUACUCGACUUCCAUCAGCGGCACAACAAGCAGAGGCUCAAAGAUGGAAAACCACCAGACUACACCCGCGGCAUAUUCCAAACGCUCGGCUUCAAGGAGUUCCACGACUACCUGAUGCUGAGCGAGGCCGAGCGGCAGGGUCGCCAUGACCUGCUCCAGCAGAGCAUUGUGAAUAUGAAGAUUGGGACGCGGCGGUACGCGCGCCGGCAGAACAAGAUGGUGAAGGGACGGUUCCUGGAGCACCCUAAUAGGGAGGUUCCUCCAAUUUAUGAAUUGGACACAACGGAUGUUUCAGCAUGGGAUACUCAAGUGAAAGAGAAAGCGAUAGACAUAAUUGAAAGUUAUCUCAAUGGAACUCCCUGUAAAUAUGAACCAUUGACAUCAGAAACUAAAGAAGCGAAAAAGGAUAUCAAUCCAUUUUCUAACAAUUAUUGUGAAGUUUGUAAAAGGAUACUUAUUGGAGACAAGGAAUAUGGAAUACAUUUGAAUUCUAAUAAGCAUAUGAAAGUUUUGAAAAAAAGAAAAUUAGAAGAGAAAAAGAAAUUAGAAUCACAGACAGAUUCCGAUAAUGUUAAUGUUUAA